AUGUGUCUCAAUGUAAAAAGACAUAGUAAAACCCUAAAUCUAUCUAGGGAGGAACGCGUGGCUUUGCAGACUUUGAAAGAUGAUACUUCCAUCAUCAUUAAGCCAGCCGACAAAGGUGGCGCUAUAGUGGUCAUGGACAUGGAAACAUACAGGGGGGAGGCACUCUCUCAGUUACAAGACACAACGCAUUACAGGAUAUUAGGUGGGGAUCCGACAAAUGAUUUAAAACAGAUGAUAGAUAAUCUAUUAAAGAUCAGUGAAGAAGCUGGUAUCAUUACAAACCGUUUAAAAAAUUUUUUGCAGGUUGAUAACCCCAUAAUACCUGUCUUUUAUCUUUUACCAAAGAUACACAAAAAUCUGCAGAGACCACCAGGGAGACCCAUUGUGGCAGGAAUGUCGUCUGUAUUUCAACCUAUAGCAGUCAUGUUGGACACUGUCCUCAAUCCUAUAGUGGUAUGUACUAAGUCCUAUGUUAAGGACACUACUGAUUUCAUUAAUAAGCUAAAUGAGAUUGAAUUGAACACAAAAGAUGUAUUUCUUUGCACAAUGGACGUCUCCUCCCUCUAUACCUCUAUCCCCCAUGAUCAGGGAAUCGAGGUUAUCACAGCAGCAAUGGCAGAUCUUGGAUUACCAGGGGGAGUGGUGGAUUUACUUCUACAACUUCUGGGAUGGAUCCUGAAAAGGAAUUAUUUCCUCUUUGAAGGUAAAUUCUAUGAACAAAGCCAAGGCACAUCAAUGGGUUCUAAUGUUGCUCCUGCAUAUGCAAAUUUAUACAUGGCACACUUUGAAGACAAUUUUGUCUAUAAUAAUCAGGAGUUUUGGCCCUUAAUAUUGAUGUGGCUUCGCUAUAUAGACGAUCUAUUCUUUGUCUGGCAAGGGACAGAGGAAUCACUAAAACUAUUUGUAGAUCACCUCAAUUCCAGGAUUCCAACCAUAAAAUUCACUUUGGAGUAUGAUAGAAAUCAGAUACACUUUCUAGACGUGACAGUCAGGCUACAAGAUGGGAAGUUCUCCACUGAUAUAUAUAGGAAACCGACUGACAGAAUCACUUAUCUAAAUCCACACAGUUUUCACCCACCCUCUACAAUCAAAGGGCUACCAUAUAGCCAAAUGUUACGAACAAGACGCAUUGUAAGUGAAGAUGACAAAUUUGAAGAGAGAGCAGAAGAAAUGAUGACCCACUUUGAGAGUAGAGGCUAUGGGACAGAUAUGUUGGAAACAGCCAGGGAGAAAGUAAAAGAUGGACCAGAGGUUAAAACCAUGGGUGGCGGAACCUCCAAUGAUGGCCUAUAAAAGAUCAAGCAACCUGAGGGACCAUCUGGUCCAUGCGUUAAUUGAACCACAAAAGAAGCAAGAUCAUAUAAGAAAUGAGUGAUGGAUUAUCCAUUGAAUUUUUGUGUCCUCCUAUUAACCUCACCAAAGGUUUUUUUUAAAAAAACGAAAAAACGAGGAAAUAUUUUAAUGAGCACUGUCACUUUAAAUAUAUUGCACUGACCACGGGUCUGUUUUUAUAUUGUUUAAUAUUAGAUUGCACAAUAUGGACUGUUUUAUAAUAUUGAUUGUCACUAUAAUGAACUAAUGAAAGAUGAUUGGUUACUAUAUGUAUUUUUAUGAACAAAUCUUUUUACAUGAAUUCCCUACAUAUGAUUGGACACAUUGAGACACAUGAUUAUAAGCACAUACUAACUUUAGAGGUCAUAUGACCCAGGUCAUCGAUUAUACACAUUGGACACAUUGAGACACAUGAUUAUAAGCACACACCCACUUUAGAGGUCAUAUGACCCAAAUCAUGGA